GCUGAUUUUGACAUUCGCCUUUACCUCUGUCUUCACCACCUUGAUUAGAAUUGAACCAGAUUGUUUCAUUUGUGUUAUUGAACAAACAUCAGAAAAUCCUUUCGUUUUAAUUUUACCUUAAAUCUAACCAUCAGCACCAACAUGUCUCGGCUUGCCCGUAGAGAUAUUUCGCCAAUGUUGCAGGAAUUAAGAAAUUUUCUGCUGGGAAGAAAACAUACCAAUGCUUUGAGAUUCGAAGAUGGCAUUGCUGCUAGAACGCAGCCCCCGAACCUACCGGAAGGCCCUCAUCACAAGUUAUCGGCCAAUCACUACGUUAUUAGAGACGCCCGUCGGGAGGUGGCUCCGCCUAUGAAUUUAACCUCACAGGCGUUGCUUGGCGAAAAAAGCUCUUCGGGAAAGCUUCCAACCCCUGGAAAAUCUUAUGGAUGGGAUAAACAUUAGUAGAAAAAGAGGGCAGUUUAGCUGUGUGUAAUAAACAUCAAACAGAA